GUGGGGGUGACCAUCUUCUAUGACGCAUUAGUUAUCACAAGACGUCCAGGCGUUAACUAGGAGGAGCCAGUAACACUUUAAAAAGACUCAGGCAGUGGAGGAGACCUCACUUUCCUGCUGAAGGUUGAAUACAGCACCACUAUCGGCACUGUCAGCAUACUCUUCUGAGUUGCUUGCUGGGUGGAAGUUGCAGUGGACCCACACACACCUUCGGCUUUGGACCCAGGACACACACUCACAGCAGUCGCUGCCCUUUAGAGCACAGCCUCACAUCAGAGAGAGAUCAGAUGGCCCGCUACAGGAGAGAAGAAGAACAACAGCUGCAUUUGACCAUGAACCAACCUCAGAGUAACCAUGAUCCGAAUGAGAUAGUUGUGUUUGAAGAUAGCGACCAUGACCACUUCAGAAUUCCAGCUCUCAUCUUCAUUAAAGAAAAAGAAAAGAAAACCUUCCUGGCGUUUGCAGAGAAGCGCACUGCAAAGAAUGGCAAAUCUAAUGAUGAAAAUGCAAAGAAUCUGGUGAUGAGAAAAGGCACACUGCAGGGUAACAGUCUGAAGUGGUCUGACUGUAAGGAGUUGGAGACGACCAAACAAAAAAACUACCGCACCAUGAACCCUUGUCCAGUCCUUCUGACUGUGGGAGACAAGAAUACACUGUUUCUGUUCUUCAUCCGCAUCAAGGGCGAAAUUAAAGAAGCAGACCUUAGACCUGGCGAAACCCGCUUGUGUUACGUCACCUCCAAGGACUGUGGUGAGACCUGGAGUCUUCCAAAAGAUUUGACUGACAUAGUCAAAGUCCAUGGUAUAAGACUUUCAAAAUACCAAACCUUUGCAGUCGGACCAGGACAUGGCAUUGCAGCAGAGAGGGGUGAGAACAGUAAGAGCAUGAGGCUGCUGAUUCCAGCCUAUGUUCGUAGUAAGUGUACAAUAUGUAACCACCAGCACGCUUUGGUUUUCUACAGUGACGAUGAGGGAAAGUCGUGGCAGGCAGGAAAGCCGCUGUCUGAGGGGUCUGGUGAGUGUCAGGUGGCUGAGGUUCGAGACAACAAGGCCAAAAAGCUCUACUUUAAUGCCCGCACCACAAGUCAGAAUCGUAUAGAGGCACUGAGUGAUGACACAGGGGGAAGUUUUACUAAACUACAGAGUCUAUCUCCGCUGGAAACGCCCAAUGGCUGCCAGGGCAGUGUUUUAAGCUUCCCUGCCUCAGAGCUUCACACUGGAGAUCAGGGCACGAUGCUGCUCUUCAGCCACCCCACCAAGGGGAAGAAGUGGGAGAGAAGUGAUCUGGGCAUCUACUUGAGAGAGUUUCUUCAGGGGGCGUGGGGUGAGCCCUACAUCAUUCACCACGGGAAGAGCGGCUACUCAGACCUGGCCCCGUGUGAGGAGGAGGCUCGCUUUGCCUGUCUGAUGGAGUGUGGAGAGCCUGCCCACCCAGGGAUCGUCUUUAAGCAGUUUCUUCUCAGUGAGAUUACAAAUCCAGCUCAAAUAGACAUGCAUGAUCCUGCCCAGAACCCCUCUGUCCCUAUCCAGUGCUCCCCUAAUCCUGCCCACACCUCUAAUAAGAAAGUCCACUGCCUGUGCUUCUUGCUCAUAAUCCUGUUUUUGAUCGUUUUGGUCCUGAUUGUUCUACUCUAUGUGAUAUUACAAAAACAGCUCAACUUGUGCUCUCUUGCUGCUAAUCGCACUUUAGAGAGUGACUGACAGC